AUGUCUGAAAGCGAUGAACCAAGUAUCACACAUGAUAUCGAUUGGCCGAUGCUUGAUAAAAGUCGAUAUAUACCAUUAAAUAUUCUAUCAACAUUUACUGUUCGUUCACUUCUUUAUCCGUUUACACUUGUUCGUACUCGUCUACAAGUACAAAUACAAUCAACCAUUUAUAAAGGAACAUGGCACGCAUUAACAACAACUGUUCGUCACGAAGGCUUCCGUUCAUUAUACAAAGGUUUUCUUGUUUACAAUUGUCAAUUAUUGCCUGGUUUGAUUUAUAUAACAACAUUUGAAGCAACUCGUUCCCAUGCAAAUAUUUUAAGUAGAAACGAAUAUUUGCGCGCUGGUCUCGCUGGUUCUAUAGCUUCAUUAAUUGCCCAAAUACUUGCUUGUCCAAUCGAUAUUAUAUCUCAGCAUAUGCAACUAGUUGGAUUAACAUCACCAGAAAAAAAGGCGCACACUAAAGAUGGUCUAAAAUCGAUAUCAAACACCGCAGUAGACUUAUCAAAACUGAAACGACGACAGAUUCGUCGGAUACAUGUUCCAAAUGAAAUUCGCAAUAGUAAUUAUCUAAUAUUUAAACAUAUAUGUAGAACUAUACUUUAUGAAAAUGUAUCCGAUACUAACACAUCCCAGUUUAGCUUGAAAGGUUUUUACCGUGGAUAUUUUAUAUCAUCAUUUUUAUUCAGUUUAACAAGUGCCAUUUGGUGGCCGUCAUAUUAUUUUUAUCAAAGGCAAAUGCUUAAAAUUGAAGCCAACUUUUCUAAGUCUAAUAUGUUUCCACUACCAUUACUUGUAAUUCAAUGUGUUGCUGGUCCAUUAUCUUCUCUUACAUCGACAUUAGUUACGAAUCCACUUGAUGUAUGUCGUACUCGUAUACAAGUCGAACAAGAGCGACGAACAGUAAAUCAAAUAAUGCGUGAAUUAUGGCAAGAAGAAAGAUUUCGAGUGUUUACAAAAGGCUUAACAGCUCGACUUUCUCAUUCAUGUGUUUAUUCAUUGUUUAUUAUAUUCGGUUAUGAAACAGUUAAACGAAUUUCAUUGAAAGAAGAAUAUAAAGGACAAGUGAGAUGGUAA